UGUUGCGCGAAGAUUUCGGCGGUGGAGGGCCGCUCAUUACAGCAGACUUGAGACGAAUAUGCCGUACCAAGUGCUGCCCGGCCUCGUGGUCAUCUCCGUCGCCUUCUCGCUCAUGGGCGUGGGCUUCGGCGCCGUCAACAAGUGGCAGGCCCGCAACAACAUGCAGAGCAAGCUGGAGCUGCUGACGGACUGGGACCGCAUGAUGGACGAGCGCGACCGCAAAUUAGCAGCCAGAGCGGCGGCGUUUAAUGCGAAACAAUAGCAGAACAUCGCCGUAUGAGGAGCGACCUCGACAGUGUUAAACGAGCGUCGCACACGACGAUGCCGGAUGCUGGAUGACACCUCCUCUUUUAGCGACUUCGGGUGUUCAACUGGCUUCGACGCUCUACUGGCUUCACCGCUCUAGGGAGGAAGUGAAGUACUUGAACAAACAGAAAAAGUAAGCAGCAAACAGGAGAGCAGCGCACGCUCCACGAUUUCGAGAUGUAGUUGGUUAUAUACCCGCGUUCCACAGCUUAUGACGAUGAGUCUUCGGGUUUUCUUGAACUCGUGAUACAUGAAAUAGACCCCUCACUACGUAGAAGCUGUCGUCUAGUGUUGACGCAUAUGACAAGCAGGUUUGCCGGUCUUUGGUUCUCUGCUUCAUGACGAAGUUCAUCUGUUCACUUGC